GGUUGUAACAGAGCGAUGUCGGCGGCAUGGAGCGCUUCACGGAAUGCGCUGCCCCUGGACAUACCCGAGCGAAAGCUGUUUCCACUCCACUGGGCGAACGACAGACUGGGGAACGAGUUCCCGCCCAUCAGAGGAAUCCCCAAUUGCGGACCUGGUCGCUACGACACCUUUUCUAGAAACAGUGUGUCGGCUAACCUUGGGAAGAAACCAGAGAGUAAAAUGGGAUACACUCUGGGAGCAAGAACAUCGGUUCGAUUCUCGUCUCAGAAGACUAGAUCUCCCGGCCCCGCAAUGUAUCAUAAACGGUUUGGAAGAGAUCAGAGUUUCAAACCAUCAAGUGCACCCUUUGGUUCCUCUUCUCAAAGGAGUAAACCGUUUCCGUCGACUAAACUUCGUUCAAAGCGUCCUGGCACGUAUGACCCACUCACACCAAGAAACAGGCAUGUUACUUGGCCAAUGAAGUUUGAUUCUCCAGACUGGAGUUUAGUCCCUGCUCCAAAAAAGCGUACGUUGCGGAUCGAGCUUGCUAGUGACAAAGAAUUUCGUAAGCACAGGAACAGAGUGGCAUAUUUCAGCUUGUACUACAACUGAUAACAUCAAAGACGGAAUGGUCAUGGAAUAUCAUUCACUGCAGCAUCAUCGGAACCAACAAUGGGUGAAAAUAGUGAUAAUUAGACCAUCUUUUAUAAUGCUGUCCACAACAUACUCUGUAAAUGUGUCAGUAUAAUGUCUUAUUAAACAAAAGCAACUUUGUCAAUUUA